AUGUGGCUGCCGCGCCUCCGCUGGGGCGGCCGCCUGAGGCCGUUGGACGCCUCCGCACUGUCUCUUCUUUGCUGGCUGCAAGGCGCCGUUCUUCUCCUUCUGCUUCUCGCGUGCUCUGAACUGCGGUGCGACUGCCGCUCCCACCGCAGGUCGCGUACCUUCUCUGCGGCUCUUCCCUCGUCUGCAUUCUUCUCCGUCUCUCGAUUUUCCGCCAGUGCGUUGCCAUUUGAAUAUCUGCAGCCGCACACCGGAGGCGGCAGAGCCCCCGAGGGCCUCUCUGCGCCGCACGCGCCCGUCGCCUGGGACGGCGACCGCGGUCGGAGGCCCUCGCGGAGCUGUUUGUGGGGGAGGCGCGGCGUUGCAGGGCGAAGAGAGCCUCGCGGCGCCGCCGGAGGAGACUUGCGCCUGCCUGGCUGCCAGAGCGUCUUCUCCCGCGCGACGCUGACCGCCCUCGAGCGAGGCACCGCAAAGGGCGAGAGCUGGGGCGAUUGUUCCGGACUCAUCGCAUCGUUUCCAUCUCCUCUGCCGUUCUUCUUCCUUGCGCCUCGAACUCUAUCUCACUCAUCACACGCCGUUUCACCUGUCUGCGUCUCGCCUCCCGUGCCUCUCUCGCGUCCCCCGCCGAGCUUUGCGCGCGCGUACCUGAGUCCGCUCGGGGCGCGCGGCGGCCUCAGUUGCGCGCCGUCUGCCUCUUGCGCGUCUGGGCUUCCAGGGCCGCCGCGGUGCAUGUAUAGUCCCCGCGAGACUUUGGCCUGCCUUGCCAGCCUCUCACAGCGCAUGCUGCGGGCGCUGCGGGUGCCCAAGCGCGCAGCUGCGACGGAGGAGGCGCAGGGCGCCGUCUCAGCGCAGCCGGCUGUAGCCACGCCAGCUCAGGGCGAGGUCCGGAACGGAGCUCAGGGCGAGGUCCGGAACGGAGCUCCGGGCGAGGCUCUGCAGCGCACAGACGUCGCGCAGGCUGCGCGGGGUGGACGGGGCGCGGCAGACGGCCAAGAGGUCGACGAAGGAACUUUCUCAGGAAGUGGACAAGAGGCCGCGCCACACAGAUACAGAGGCUGCAGCGUGAGACCGAAGCAGCGGAGGGACGCGAAGAAGGCACCGGCGCCUUUCUCGAGCACAGUGCUGCUGCCCGCAACCAAGUUCAAGCUGAAGAGCCGAAAUCUGAAAACAGAGCUCGCGAUCCAGCGCCUCUGGCGCCGCGCCGACACCUACCAGCGCCUGCUCCGCCGCCUGUUCCUGCGGCAGACCAACGCGGCGGGCGCCGCAGCGCCUGCGCCGCGACAGCGAGCUCCUGGCGCCAGUCCGGAAGGGCCUGAAGCUCCGUGCCGCUGCGCCUUUUGCGAGCUCCUCGCCUUCGAGGAGACGCACCAGCCGUCGCCUCUCUUGCCGCCCGGGGACGCGCCGGCGCCCUCGCAGGGAGAAGGCGAGGCGGCGUCCUCGCCGUCUCCCUCUGCCUCGCCUCUCUACCUGCUCCUGGAUGGUCCUCCGUACGCGAAUGGCCAAACGCACAUGGGACAUGCGCUCAACAAGACGCUGAAGGACUUCAUCACGCGGUUUUUCCUGCUACGGCAAAGAUGCAUCCACAUGCUCCCGGGCUGGGACUGCCACGGUCUGCCCAUCGAACUCAAAGCAGCCGAGCGGCUGCAACAGGAAACGGGAAGAAGCGAAGAGGACAGUGCGAGAGAGCGGCGAGCAGACGCAUCCGUCGCUGAAGGACAGGUCGCUGCUUCGUCUGGCGAACAAACACAGGCGAAACAGCGGGCUGAGCGAAGCGACGGUGCCUGCAGCGAGGCGCCCGAAUGCAGCAAUUCAGGCGCGGCAUGCGAAGACGGAAGCGCCAGCAGGCCUCCGCCUCGCACUGUGCGCAAGAGAGAGAGCAGCGGCAGAGAGCGCAAGGGAGAUGCGCCGCGAGACGCGGAGCCUGAGACGUCGCGCAGCAGUGUAAUCCAGAUGCGGCGGGCAGCGCGGCAAGUUGCAGAGGAGUCCAUUCAGAUUCAGAAGGAGGACUUUCAGAGAUUCGGCGUCUGGGGUCACUGGGAGACGCCCUACCUGACGCUUGACCGCGGCUACGAGGCCACGGAGCUCGAGAUCUUCCGGCGCAUGUGGGAGAAGGGACUGAUCUACGAGGGCGUGCGGCCAGUGCACUGGUCGCCGUCGUCGCGCACCGCGCUCGCCGACGCAGAAGUCGAGUACCUCCCGCGGGUCGCGCGAAGCAUCUACUGCGCCUUUCCGCUCGACCUGCCUCCGCGCGAGGCGGAGGGCCCCGACAGCAAGGAAACGCGUCGGGAGAAGAACGCCUCGAGCCUUCCUCAGGCCGCCCAGGGUGCGGCGGCAGCAGGCGGAGAACUCGGGACGACGUGGCGCAGCGCGCCAGAAGAAAGACGCGCGCUGGAGACGUUCCUACAGUCGGCGUUUCCCUCCUUCGCGCCGAAUCGAGAGGGAAACGCGCGGCAUGGAGGCGACACACACCGAGCCGCGCGAGAAGCUUCAGCUGUCGAGCGCACACCCGCCUCGGCCGCCUCUCCGGCAGCCUGCGUCGACGCGAGCGCCUCCCAACUCCGACUCUCGCUUCUCGUGUGGACGACGACGCCCUACACGCUGCCGUCGAAUCACGCCGUCGCGGUUCACGGAGAGAAGCCCUACGCGCUUGUGGAAGUCCUCAGGGGCGCGCGGGCGGCUGCAGCUCGGGCGCCUCGGGACGGCGGCUCGCCUUGCUCUUUGAGCGCUUUGGACGUCGCCCCUCGCGCCCUCGUGCCUGCUGCGGAUGCGCGGGGGGAUGGCGCCAGAGACUCACCUGCAGCCGCGGGAGGGCAGCAGGACGCGAUGUCGUCUUUCCCUUCGCAUCCGCUGGCGCCGGUCGCGCCGGCGUCGUCUCUUUCCUCAGAGACGUCUCGCGGCGCGACCCGCGAGGCGGCUCUCCUUCGUCGGGCUGGCGAGGCUGGAGGCGAGAAGGGCUUUGAAGCGCGGGAGCAGCGGGAGCCCGCACCCGCUUCAGGCGCGCUGCGAGAAGUCUGGAUCGUCGCGCAAGAGGCUGUCGAGCGCACGAUGGAGAUUCUCUGCAUCACGCCUGCAGAUCAGGACGGAGGCCUCUCGUGUUUGCAGAUCCUUGACAAAUCGCAGGCGACUGAGGAGGCUCCUGAAGCCAGAGAGCGAGAGGCGAGCGCCACCUCCAGCCGCGACAGCGCGUCGGGGAAUGAACCGUCCGCGCCGCAGGCGUUUUACUCGGUCCUUGGAACUGUCUCAGGCAAAGAUCUUGUUGGGAAACGAUACAAACACCCGAUGCUCGCAAAUGAAAUGCGCCGCGUGGUUUCGGGAGAUGCACUCGUGCGCGAGCAAAAAGGAACCGGCUUGGUUCACGUCUCGCCUGGGCACGGCUUCGAAGACUUUAUGCUCGUGCAAAGUCUCCGCGACUCCGACAGCGCGGAGCCUCCGUCGGCGAAGGCGACUGAGGCUCGCGAGCGAGACAGAGAAAACGAGGAUACGCAUCUCCCAGGCGAUGGCGCCGUCGGCGGAGGCGACGAUGGAGAGAAAGUGGAACUCCGCCGGUCGCGCACGCGCACGUGGAGCCCGGUGGACGAGGCAGGCCUCUUCACGCGCGACGUUGGAGUCCCGAACCUCGCGGGCUGCUCAGUCUUCGGGGAUGGAGAGGCGGAGAUCCUCAGGCGCCUCGCGCGGGAAGGCACGCUUGUCAAGGAGGUUCCUUUUCCGCAUCUGUACCCGCACGACUGGCGGACGAAGCAGCCGCUCAUUUGCCGGGCGACGUCGCAGAUUUUUCUCCGCCUGGAGCGUCUGCGCGCCCUCGCACUCCGAGCGAUUGAGCAAGUGCACUUCCUUCCGCAGAGCUCUCAGGUCGUGGCUGCGGACGCCUCGGGGCCCGCGGGUAACGUCCGCGCGUCGGCGCAUGCGCGGCUGCGCGCGACCCUCGCGGGCAGACGCGGCGACUGGUGUCUCUCUCGCCAGCGUCAGUGGGGCCUGCCGCUGCCCUUCUUCCGCGUCGAGGGCAGCGACUGGGGCUUGACUCGCAGCCAGCCGGCGGAGGCGGCGCCGCUGUUCGGCGAUGCAGACACGUUUGCGUGGAUUGCCGAGAAGAUUCGAGCCGAGGGAAGCGACGCUUGGUGGCUGAACAACGCAGCCGCAGACUGGCUACCUGAAAAGCAGAGAGCGCAUGCGCGCGGCCUGCGGCUCGGCAGCGACACCUUCGACGUCUGGUUCGACGCGGGUUGCGCCUGGCGCGCCGCGCGCGACUUCGUGCGGCGGUGGGCUGCGGCCGCGAAGGGGCGUACCUGCCUUCCCGCCGUUCCGAGCGGCAACGUGGCAACGCAGGAGGAAGCGAGAAAACGCCACGAGCCGCCGCAGGGGGGUCUCGGCGGGGCCUCUGUGGCGCAGGCGGACGGUCGCGACGGACUCAACAUAAAGACCCUUGUGCUGGAGGGGACUGACCAGCACCGUGGGUGGUUCCAAGCGCUGCUGCUGACGCAUGCAGCGCUGCAUGCCUCUGCCGGAGAAAACCCCGAAAACGGUUCUGUCGCCAGCGAGGACGGGUCGCCAGCGACCGACGGAGCUCGCGCCAGCGCCGCCAGCUGGUCGCAGCAGCGGGACUGUGCCAGAUCAAACCGAGCCGCGAAGGACGGGCGCGAGGCAGGGAGGGAGGACGGAGGCCCGUCGACAGCAGAUGCUCGGGGGGAAGACGCUCCACGCGCUGCGACGGAGACCACCAAGAAAGAAUCCGAGGAGGCGACGCUGCCCACGAACGUCCGCUGCAAAGGCGCGACGGAGUCUGCCGCUGCUACAGCGGAGCCGCAGAGCGCAGCUCGGCCGUUCGACGUCCUUGUAACGCACGGAUUUGUCUUAGAUGCUCAGGUAGGCAAAGCUCAGCACUGCAGAAGUGCGCAACAGCGUUGCCGGCGCUCCCCCCCCUCCUUCUCCCGCGAUGCGACAUCCCGCCUGUCGUCUUUCCCCUGUGUUUCCCUAUCUCCGCCUCCUGCGACUCUCCCUCUCAACAGCGGCAGGCGUGCUUUUUUCCUCUCGUGCUUGAGCGCUCGAGGCGCCCGCGCCUUGGUCGGCUAUUCGCUGGUGCGAUCUCCAGUUGCCCUUCUCUCUCGCCGUAGCGCGCUGGUCUCAACGCGUCUGAGCCCGGUGCAUGCGGGCCUGUGCCUCCAGGGACGCAAGAUGAGCAAGUCUCUGGGAAACGUCUUCUCGCCGCGCCGCUUCUUCCCGCCGUCGGCCCCUGCUUCGUCAGCGCGCUGUGGAUCCUUCCUGCAGACGCCGCUCAACCUUCCGUACCACGGCGCGGACGUCCUCCGGCUUUUCGUGGCAGCUUCCAACUACGGCCGCGACCUCCUUCUGCAAGUUCCUGCAGAGAGGCGAAGUCCUGCAUCUCCUCUGUCGCCUUCCGCAGGAUGCCGGUGCCUCUCUGAGGCUUCGAGCAGGGCGAAGGAAGCCCCAGGGCAUGCCGCAACUCUGCACCGGGGCGGGGAGAAAGCCGGGAAGCCAGGCGCAGGCACGCCCUUAGACCAAGCUGCGGCGGCGUACGGAAAGCUGCGUGGGAUGUUUCGCUUCCUCCUGGGCAACCUCCAGGAUUUCGAUCCGCAGCGAGACGCGAUCGCGUACGAGCGCCUCCCAUUCCUGGAUCGCGGGCUGCUGCAGCGGCUGGAGCGGCUGCUGCAGCAGACGACGCAGGCUUACGAGGUCUUCGACUUUGCUAGAGCUCUGCGAGGCGUGCUUUGUUUCCUGGCUGACCCGUUCUCCAGCUUCUACCUGGAAGUCGCGAAGGACAGACUCUACGUCGCGGCGCGGGAGAGUCGGCGCCGGCGCUCUUGCCAGACUGUGCUGGCGGCGGUGUUUUUGACUGUAGUCAAGCUCGUCGCUCCCCUAGCGCCUCACGUGUGCGAGGAAGCCUUUCUGCGGCUCCCGCGCGCCCUGCGUCGCCAUAUGCACCACCGAGCGAGGAAACAUUCGCUGAAUCGCGAUUCGCGCGGCGCCGCGACACACGCGAGCUCCGCGACUGGAGGGCAGCCACGAGAUGCGGCGGCACAGAACGUAGCAGGCGAGGGUGGAACGCCAGGCGAAGAGGAUGGCGGCUCGCAGCCGCCAGGAGGCGACGCAGAGGGCGAGGCCUUCGUGUCUCUUUUCGAGAGUGGCUGGCCCCGGCUGCGCCUGCCUCGCACGCCUCGUUCCGCGGCGCGGCACGAAGGCCGUUCGCCGUCGGGUGUCUCCGCUGCGAAUUCGCCGGCCGCGAGCGCAGCGGACUCGAGAGACGUCGACGCGAAGACAGACGCAAGCGAGUCGCGAUUCAGAGCUGAGAGGCCUGGCGUAGAGGCAGAAGACGAAGACGCGCUAUGGGAGAUGCUCGCGCGCCUGCGCGCAGACUCAAACCGCCUCUUGGAGCUCCUUCCUCGCGCCAAGCAAACGAAGGCGGAAAAUAAAAAGUCGGGAGCAGAUGCUGUCUCCGCGCAGGGCGCCGGAAAGCCCUCCUCAAGCGCGACUGUGAAGGGCGACCCGAACUCAAGCAAAACGGAGCAAAACGCGCGGCUGUGGUGCCAGUUGCUCGCGUUCACGUCCUCGGCGCCGCUGCUGGCUUCUGGCGACGAGAUGCUUCGAAGGCGCGAAGGAGCUGAAAGGGAGGCGGCGCUUUCAAGAGACGCCGAAGGCAACGAAACUGAGCGGCAACGCGACGCAGUCCGGAGAGGAGGCGAACGGUCAGCCAGCCACGAUGAAGAGUUCGACAGGUGGCAGGGGGCGGCGCGAGGCGACCCAAAAGAGGGAGCCCAGAAACAGAGAGAUGAAACAUCCGAAACGGAGGAGAUCUUCUUCGAUUCAGACGUCGACGACCUCCGAUGGGUCCUCCAGGUCUCGGAAGCAGAAGUUGUUUUUCUUCCCCCUGGACGCGCAGCUGCAGAGGACGAACUCGACGCGAAGAGGAAGGAACAAACCACACAGGUCGUCACGGAGGCAGACGAGGAACCCGUCGCCGUCCUGCCCUUCGAGGCCAGCUCCUCAGGCGACGUUCGACUGGAACUGUUUCUCGCGUCUGGCCGCAGGUGCUCCCGGUGCUGGAUGCGCUCGCCCCUCGUUGGCUCCGUCUGCCCGAGCGCCGCGCCUGCAGCCACGGCGUCCGCGUGCGCGUCUGCUAGAGCUUCUUCUUCGGACGGCGGGCGGCAAACGGCGACAGGGACAGGCCCCGCUCAGAGGGGAGACUCGGCAUCGCCUCUGCUUUGUCCGCGCUGCUCACGCGCCAUCCGCCCAAACGCGGAUACCGGAGACAAAGAAGACGCAUGA